GUGUUACCGUUACGUCCCGUCGCCGACCGACCGCCGCCGUUGGCGCAUCCCGAACUCCACGUCCGCACCCGCCACGUGGCUUUGGUUCCCGACGGCACCCGCGCCGUCCCCGGUUUGCUGGAACGGAUGCGGGACGCUUUGGAAGAAAACCCCGGCGCCGUUCGGUUGGUGGCGGCGCCGGUGGGAUCGGCGCCGUUACGGUGUUUGGAGCUGCGGUUGGAACCGCGGGCGUGGACGGCGCGGUACGGCCCCGGCGCGCCGGGUGUUUGCCGGGCGGUGGAAGGGACGGCGGUGCUGUUGCUUCGUACCCGCGAUCUCUUCGCUCUCCCCUUCCCCUUGGCGCGACCGGUGCCCACCGCGCUCUUCGUCCAAGCGGCGUUUCGGGGUUGGGGGUUACGGGUGAUACCGGCGGCGUUCCCGGCGGCACGGCGAUCCCCCGUUUCUCCUCACGGGCGUUGGAAAACCGAAAACCUGGCGGAAAACCGCCGGCGCCGGUUGAUGCGCGAUCUCGGCAUCAAACGAGAGGUGUUGGCGGACGGGCGGGAACGCUGGUACGGCUGCGGCAAGGAGACGGCGCGGUGUUUCGGCACGGUUCACGCCCGUACCCCCCAAUACCUCCUCGCCGGGCGCUGGACCCCGCCGUGCUGCCUACGGGCGCUACGGGAAACCGCCCGGCACGUAACCGGGGUACUGGAGGCCGCCGGAGUACGGUACUGGUUAGAAGGGGGGUCGUUACUGGGUGCCGCCCGCCUCGGAGACAUCAUCCCUUGGGAUUACGACGUGGAUUUGGGAAUUUACCGGGAGGACGUCGGUAAAUGCCGGUGGUUGGCGGCGGCGGCGACGGGGGAGGCGGUGGAAGACGCCGAGGGUUUUCUUUGGGAGAAGGCGGCGGAGGGAGACUUUUACCGCGUUCACUACAGUCGGAGCAACCGGUUACACGUGGACCUGUGGCCGUUUUACCCCCGCGGCGGGGUGAUGACCAAGGACACGUGGUUGGGGCACCCCCAAGACGUGGAAUUCCCCGAAAGUUUCCUCCGUCCCCGGGUGCCGAUGGCUUUCGCCGGCUUUACCGCCAUGGCGCCCAACAACGCCCGCGCCUUCCUCGAGUUGAAGUUCGGAGCGGGAGCCAUCGAGAACCCCGAGUACCCCAAUCCCGCCGUCAAGCGCCUGGG